UCGUACACAAGCCACUUCUGACUCUGAGAGGAGCCAUGAGCCUUGGCACUGAUUAGCUUGAUAACCGAUGCCGCAUCACCUUGCAGCCACACUCUAUCAACACCCAACCUUCUCGCGCACUUGUAGUCUAAACCUCGCAGCAGCAGCCUCAGCAUCUUCUCUACCUCCCACGAGCCACCCAUCCUUCGAACGGCAGCCCACAAGAGCCUCCCCUGCUGAUCACGCGCAGCACCAAGACUCACAUAGCUGCUAGCCAAAUGGGCAUCAAAAUUCACUUUGAUAACCUUUUGAUACUUGGAUGUAGUGUAUUUUUGUAAAAAAAAUGGGCUUUGGCUUGUUGGAAAAGCAACGAUACUAGUAAAUGUUUAAGAUACAAAAGUUGAGGUGAAGUUUAGAAUACAGUCGGCUUGUAGAGUAUAGUUGGUUUCUUGAUUUUCUGCUGUUUGUUUGGUGAAUUUGGGGGUUAGGGUUUCUGAAAGAUCUUUGAAUUGAAUUUCAAUGGCGACCUUGGUGAGUUCGGCAGGAGCAAUGCUGGCUAUGCUGAGCGAGAAUUCAAUUGCUCUGAAGCUUCAUGCUCUCUCCAAUCUCAACGUUUACGCCCAAUUCUUAUGGCCAGAGAUCUCCACUAGCAUUCCUCUCAUAGAAAGUUUGUAUGAAGAUGAAGAAUUCUCUCAGCGACCUCUGGCUGGAUUAGUUGUCUCUAAGGUUUUCUAUUUUUUGGGUGAACUGAAUGAUUCUUUGGCAUAUGCACUGGGAGCUGGGCCAUUAUUUGAUGUUUCUGAGGAUUCUGAUUAUGUUAGGACCCUUCUCGACAAAGCCAUUGAUGAGUAUGCUAGUCUUAGAAAUAAAGCAGCAGAGUCAAAGGAAGAAGCUGUCAACAUUGACCCCAGGCUAGAGGCAAUUGUGGAGAGAAUGUUGGAGAAGUGCAUUUUAGAUGGAAGGUAUCAGCAAGCUAUGGGAAUGGCAAUUGAGUGCCGAAGAUUAGAUAAACUUGAGGAGGCAAUAAUGAGGAGUGAUAAUGCUCCUGGAAGUCUGUCAUACUGCAUUAAUGUUUCCCAUUCCUAUGUUAGUCGUAGAGAAUAUCGGCAGGAGGUGCUUCGUCUGCUUGUUAGAGUGUAUCAGAAGUUGCCAUCGCCAGAUUAUUUGAGCAUCUGUCAGUGUCUUAUGUUUUUGGAUCAACCAGAAGUUGUUGCCGGCAUUCUGGAAAAGCUUCUCCGUGCAGAGAAUUUGGAAGAUACUUUGCUUUCAUUUCAAAUAGCUUUUGAUCUUGUUGAAAAUGAGCAUCAGGCUUUUCUGUUAAACGUGAGGGAUCGUCUUUCAAGGCCAAAAUUUUCUUCUCCAGAGGUGCCCAUAUCCAGGGAACCAGAGCCCUCUCAGACUGAAAAUACAACUGCUUCUGAGGAUGUGCAAAUGGAUGUAGGGACUCGCGUCUCAGAAACAGUUGUUGGUGAAAUGGAUCCUACUGAAGCUAGAUAUGCUGAAAGAUUGACCAAAAUUAGAGGGAUAUUGUCUGGAGAGACUUCCAUCCAGCUGACUCUGCAGUUUCUAUAUAGUCACAACAAGUCAGACCUCCUGAUUCUCAAGACUAUAAAGCAGUCUGUUGAGAUGAGAAAUAGUGUUUGUCACAGUGCAACCAUAUAUGCGAAUGCAAUUAUGCAUGCUGGUACUACAGUGGAUACCUUUCUAAGGGAGAAUUUGGACUGGCUAAGCAGGGCCACUAACUGGGCCAAGUUCAGUGCAACUGCUGGAUUGGGUGUUAUUCACAGAGGCCACUUGCAACAGGGCCGGUCACUAAUGGCGCCUUACUUGCCACAGGGUGGGGCUGGAGGUGGUGGCAGUCCAUACUCUGAAGGUGGAGCACUGUAUGCUCUUGGUUUGAUCCAUGCUAACCAUGGGGAGGGUAUCAAACAAUUCCUUCGUGAUAGCCUACGCAGUACUAAUGUUGAGGUCAUACAACAUGGUGCCUGCUUAGGGUUAGGAUUAGCAGCUCUUGGAACAGCAGAUGAAGAUAUAUUUGAAGACAUAAAAAAUGUGCUUUAUACAGAUAGCGCUGUUGCUGGUGAAGCUGCCGGCAUCAGCAUGGGAUUGCUUAUGGUUGGUACAGCUAGUGAAAAGGCCGGGGAAAUGCUUGCUUAUGCACAUGAAACCCAGCAUGAGAAGAUAAUUAGGGGACUGGCGUUAGGUAUAGCUCUUACAGUUUAUGGAAGAGAGGAGGAAGCUGACACACUUAUUGAGCAAAUGACUCGGGACCAAGAUCCUAUACUACGUUAUGGUGGUAUGUAUGCAUUGGCUUUGGCUUACAGUGGAACAUCAAAUAACAAGGCCAUCCGGCAGCUGCUACACUUUGCAGUUUCGGAUGUGAGUGACGAUGUUAGGCGAACUGCAGUUUUGGCUCUUGGUUUUGUCUUGUAUUCUGAACCAGAACAGACACCGCGUAUUGUGUCUCUGCUGUCUGAGUCCUAUAAUCCACAUGUUCGAUACGGUGCAGCCUUGGCAGUUGGCAUUUCUUGUGCCGGCACUGGUCUUAGCGAGGCCAUAUCUUUAUUAGAGCCCUUGACAUCAGAUGUCGUUGAUUUUGUCCGGCAAGGUGCCCUGAUUGCUAUGGCCAUGGUUAUGGUUCAGAUUACUGAGGCUAUGGAUUCCCGUGUUGGAACAUUUAGGCGACAAUUGGAGAAGAUAAUUCUUGACAAGCAUGAAGAUACCAUGAGCAAGAUGGGAGCUAUUUUGGCAUCUGGGAUUCUUGAUGCGGGUGGAAGGAAUGUGACAAUUAGGCUGCUGUCUAAGUCAAAACAUGAUAAAAUUACUGCGGUGGUUGGUCUGACUGUUUUUAGCCAGUUUUGGUACUGGUAUCCUCUCAUAUAUUUCAUAAGCUUGUCAUUCUCCCCUACAGCUUUUGUUGGGUUGAACUAUGACUUGAAAGUUCCAAAGUUUGAGUUUUUGUCUCACGCAAAACCCUCCUUGUUUGGGUAUCCAAAGCCAACAUCUGAACCCACCACUACAUCGGCAGUGAAACUUCCCACUGCUGUAUUAUCAACGUCAGCAAAGGCCAAAGCUAGAGCGAAAAAGGAGACAGAGCUGAAAGAGAAGUCUGUUGGUUCAGAGCCCUCAGCUUCUACAUCUGCCACUGGAAAAGGAAAGUCGUCUACAGAGGAGGGAGACUCUAUGCUGGUUGAUAUUCUGCCGGACAAAAAGGUUGAGCCAGAAACUUCUUUUGAAACCUUAACUAAUCCUGCUAGGGUAGUUCCUGCUCAAGAGAAAUUCAUCAAGUUUUUGGAGGGAAGCAGAUAUAUGCCUGUGAACUUGGCUGCCUCUGGUUUUGUCCUUCUGAAAGAUUUGCGUCCUGAGGAGCCAGAGGUAUUGUCUCUUACAGAUGCACCUGCUUCUGCAGCAACGAAUGCUGCUGCUGGGUCCACUGCACCAGUGCAACAGGGAACUGUGGCUGCCAUGGCUGUUGAUGAGGAACCUCAACCCCCACAGCCUUUUGAGUACACAUCAUAAUUUCUAUGUUCAAGUGUGACAUGGUUCAUGUGGUAUUGUACCUUGUUAUUCUGACGAUGAAUGACAAUGUAUAUUGUGCCCUGAGUUUGGUGCAGAAGUUCACGAACUGAGUUGCUUUGGUAGUGGCAGUGUUUUCCCACUGUCGAUAUUGCUUUUGUGCUUACAAUACUGUCAAAAGAUGUGAACUGAGUGAGGAUUUUCUAUGGUUUACUGGAAAAAUGUCCUUUUCCCUAGUUUAUUCCUCAACUGCAUUCAAGAUGCCCGUGAUAGGGGCAACAGAGCCCCUGCAAAAUACUCUUACAUAAGCCCUCCUCCCAGGCACUUUGUGCAACUCUUUUCCUAUUAAAAUGCCACUCUUUGGGGUUGCCCAGCUUUAAAUAUCUGGUAUGAGUGCAUGAUUUGUUUUCUAUAUUUGUACUUUCUGAUUCUGGUAUUUCACAUGCCAUGUUUUAGAAAUCUGAAACUUCAUGGAUGUCAUGUUUAUAUGAUUUAAUCAAUCGGUGUAUGAUUGCACAUCAUUUUGAUUU